UAAUUAUUUUUUUUUCUCAUUUAAACCAGGUAGUGUUCACAUUAUCAAAGAGUUCACACUUUUUCCUCCCCCACAAAACACCAAACUGGCCUUAGUUCCGUGGUGUCCCUGCUUUCUUAUCUUCCGGCGUGACGGGAUUACGGCAUGUUGUGUAAUGUAGCGCGGUGUGCUAGAAUGGCUUCUCCUUAUUUCUCUCAAAAUAUCACAGUUGUCACCCGGAGAACUGAGAAGGCUCUCAGCUGCACUACUGCUGCUCCUCUCCUAUCCAGACGAAGAGACGCUGGUGGCAUUUCCUCGGUUGCUGUGAAAGUAGAGGAGGAGGAGACGAGAGUCUCCGAGCAAACACCCUCCUUGUCAGCAACUGAUUGUAGUCAGGACCGCCUUCACGUGGCCACCGCUCAACCAAAACUAGAAGCAGAUUCUCUGUCGUUAUCUUCACGUGGCCGCAGGCAGAGACAAAUAAAGGUGGAAUAUGAUGAGGGUCUUUUGCCGGCGAAGACGGAACACUGGCAACCUCCUGAUUGGAAGAAACAGUUAGGGCAUAUUCGUGAAAUGAGGAGGAGCCGUGAUGCCCCCGUAGAUAACAUGGGAGCAGAGAAGUGCUACGAUGCCGAUGCUCCAGCUAAUGUGAGACGCUUUCAGGUUUUGGUGUCCCUGAUGCUGUCCAGUCAGACCAAAGACCAGGUGACAUCAGCUGCAAUGCAGAAGCUCAAAGCUCAUGGCUGUACUGCAGAAAAACUCCUGUCUACUGAUGACGAAAUGCUGGGAAAACUCAUCUACCCAGUCGGCUUCUGGAGGAGCAAAGUGAAAUUUCUGAAGAUGACAGCAGCCAUGCUUGUGAAGGAUUAUGGAGGCGACAUCCCAGACAGCGUGGAGGCGCUUGUCCGUCUCCCAGGGGUUGGACCCAAGAUGGCUCACCUUGCUAUGGAUAUUGCCUGGAACCAAGUGUCUGGCAUAGGCGUAGACACACACGUGCAUCGGAUUUCUAACAGGCUCGGCUGGCUCAUGAAGCGCACCAAGAACCCCGAAGCGACACGCAAGGCCCUACAGGAGUGGUUACCUAGGGAUCUCUGGAGCGAAAUUAACUGGCUGCUUGUGGGUUUUGGACAGCAGGUUUGCCUUCCAACCAACCCCCUUUGCUCCCUGUGUUUGAACCAGCAUGUGUGCCCGUCCGCUCACCAGAGUUCUCCUCCAAAGCGGCUAAAAGCUUCGAGUGUACCCUCUUCCCGCCGAGCAAAAGAGGAAUCUGGACAAGAGACUGAUGUUAAUGAGGCGAGAAUAAAAGAAGAGCCACAGACUGUUAAUCAAACCACAAUGAAAAGGAAACUGAGAAGCAAGAUUAAUCACUAAUUUAAACUUUCUCUUGGAUUAUGUUUAACAUCGUAGAUUGAUUUAGCCACUUAAAACAAAACAAAUAGUCUGCUGUUGUUGCUGCCGUGGGAAAUAGUGCCGACGUCCAUUUAGAGCCUCACAUUACAAGAUUUUUUUUUUUUUCUGUCCACUUCAAUCCAAUCCGUAUAAAAUCGCACAAAGGCAAUUUUCUUAGUGGAGCACAAUUUGUACACAAGGUAAUUCAAAAUGCUUUAUAGCCAUGUGAAAACAAAGGGAAGAAGGAAUGUAAAAUAAUUCCAUAAAAAAAAAGAAUUCAUUAAAAGAGAGGAGUGCAAAUAAAAUACUUUCAAUUGUCCUCAAGGCAUUGAACCGA